AUGACGACUCUUUCGGCAAUACCUAACGAGAUGCUAUUGGAGAUUUCCCUCCACCUCGACUAUCCUGACCUCAAUGCACUCACACGGGUCAGCGGCCACUUCCAUGCUUUAUUGAAUAGAAUUCUUUACAGAACCAUCGCCAAGGACUCACCUGGGAAAGCGAUAGCAUGGGCAGCCGAAAAAGGGAAGGAAACCAGUGCGCGGAAACUGUUGCAGAUGUGCGGCUCGAAGAUAUUGGACGAGCUUGUCCUUGAAGAGCGAGAACCAAUAGUGAUCGCCGCAUCAAAUGGACAUGCCCGUCUUGUCGAAUUAUUUCUUCCCCACUGCAUUCAACACGACACCGAAAAAGAAGGGGAUCUAUUCAAAAGAGCGCUUACUGAGGCAAUUCCAGAAGAGCACGUUGAGGUGGUCAACCUGCUUCUCGAACACAAAGCCGAUUUCAAAACCAACAGCGAGGACAGACAUGCUGCGAUUCCUUUAUGCAGAGCAGUUGAAAUGGAACAUGUAUCAAUUGUGAGGCUUUUCCUUGAACACAAUUACUGCAACCUCGAUACGUAUGACAUGUAUGCCAUGACACCUCUAGCUCUAGCUGCAGCAGCCAAACCAUCAUCUACGAAUCUGGAAAUCGCCCAACUCUUGGUAGAGGCUGGUGCAGACUUGCAUAUAGAUCACAGACUGUUACUCAGAGCCGCGAAAUCAGACAACCUCCCCGUCAUGAAGCUCCUCUUAGAGAACAACCUCAAUUUGCGGCGACUGGGAUGGUUCGAUUUCGAUGUUUUAUGUGAGUUCUCUCGACCGAGACGGGAGAACCACGGGAUGGCGGCAUUACUGCUAGGCUGGAUAAAUGUGGAUCGCAUACUGAAUAAUAGUAUUGUUCAAUGCUGCCUUCUCUUGAGGGGAGCUAUUACCAAUCGUCUUGAUAAUCUGCUAGAAAAGAUACUGGAUGGGUGCCCUGUUCUCGCUGAAGACCAUAAAGCAAGCCGAAGGGCAAUCGGUUUCUGUCCUUUGAGUGUGGCUGUCUGCUAUGGCCGACCUAGAGUCGUCAAGCUCUUACUCGAACAUGGUGCUAACCCUAAUGGCGAUCUUGACUGUUCACCGGAGCGACACUUGAUCCGGAAGGGUGCCGUGGAUCGUCCGAAUACCGUCAAUUACUGA